AUGUCAACAGACAUUAUUCUAGAUUUUAAGAAAAUAAGAUUAACAAAAAAAAAAGUCGAUGCUGUGAGGAGAGGUGAAUUCUUAGUAUGGGGGCUAGCAGCAAAGAGCGAAGCAGAGGAAGAGAACGAAACAGAGAGCGAAACAGAGAGCGAAACAGAGAGCGAAACAGAGAGCGAAACAGAGAGCGAAACAGAGAGCGAAACAGAGAGCGAGAACCAAAAUCUGGGGCAAGAUUCUCAACUAAACUUUUUAUACCACAAUAUUUUGCUGUGUAUUACAAAAAAUAUAUUCGAUUGGAAAGAUAUAAACAAGUUUUGGGCACAAAAACAUGAACAGCAGCAAAAAGAACUUCAACAGCAGGAAUUUCAGAAAUUUCAGCAAGAACUUCGACAGCAGCAAAAAGAACAACAGCAGGAAUUUCAGCAAGAACUUCGACAGGAAUUUCAGCAAGAACUUCGACAGCAAGAACAGAAAUUUGAAGAACUUCGACAGCAGCAAGAACAAUUUCAACAGCGGUUACAGCAAUUGGAGCAAGCACAGGAACAGCGGCAAGAACAACUUCAUCAGCAAGCACUGAUACAGCCGCAAGAACAAACACAGUUACAGCGGCGGCAAACACAGGUACAACCGUGGGCUAAACUGGCUUCAAGAACGGCUGAUGAAUUGAGUAUUUUGCUAAAAGAUGACGUCACUUUGAUCGAGAUGUUUGAGACAAAAUUUAAGUUUCAUAAGGCGGAAAAGAGAUGCAACAUCGAGCGCAUAAGUGGGGAUGCGAAAGUUGAAGUAAUAAGUAGCGCAGCAAGAACUUCAGAAAUUUCAGCAAGAACUUCGACAGCAGUAACGCUCCCAACCAAUGCCAAUUUGACGUUGGCUGACGCUUCUUUUAAGGCAAGUGAUUCGGGUCUUGAUGUGUUGGGAGUCUUAAUGUUGGGUUCGCUUUCAAGUUUGUUGCGUUCAAACAUCGGCCUGAUGCGUCUGGCUGCUGCCAACAAAAAUGAUAUCGAAAAAAACCGAAGUUAUAAGGCAAGUGGAUUCGGAUGUUGA